GGGGGAGCCAGGCUGCGGGCGGGGACCGGGGGGCGGGCCGCGCCGCGCGGAGAAAAGCGCUGGCCGGAGGGCCCGCGGCCCGGCCGCCGGGGUGAGCGUGCCGAGGCGGCUGUGGCGCAGGCUUCCAGCCCCCACCAUGCCGUGGCCCCUGCUGCUGCUGCUGGCCGUGAGUGGGGCCCAGACAACCCGGCCAUGCUUCCCCGGGUGCCAAUGUGAGGUGGAGACCUUCGGCCUUUUCGACAGCUUCAGCCUGACUCGGGUGGAUUGUAGCGGCCUGGGCCCCCACAUCAUGCCGGUGCCCAUCCCUCUGGACACAGCCCACUUGGACCUGUCCUCCAACCGGCUGGAGAUGGUGAAUGAGUCGGUGUUGGUGGGGCCGGGCUACACGACGUUGGCUGGCCUGGAUCUCAGCCACAACCUGCUCACCAGCAUCUCACCCACUGCCUUCUCCCGCCUUCGCUACCUGGAGUCGCUUGACCUCAGCCACAAUGGCCUGACAGCCCUGCCAGCCGAGAGCUUCACCAGCUCACCCCUGAGCGACGUGAACCUUAGCCACAACCAGCUCUGGGAGGUCUCAGUGUCCGCCUUCACGACGCACAGUCAGGGCCGGGCACUACACGUGGACCUCUCCCACAACCUCAUUCACCGCCUCGUGCCCGACCCCACGAGGGCCGGCCUGCCUGCGCCCACCAUUCAGAGCCUGAACCUGGCCUGGAACCGGCUCCAUGCCGUGCCCAACCUCCGAGACUUGCCCCUGCGCUACCUGAGCCUGGAUGGGAACCCUCUAGCUGUCAUUGGUCCGGGUGCCUUCACGGGGCUGGGAGGCCUUACACACCUGUCUCUGGCCAGCCUGCAGAGGCUCCCUGAGCUGGCGCCCAAUGGCUUCCGUGAGCUACCGGGCCUGCAGGUCCUGGACCUGUCGGGCAACCCCAAGCUUAACUGGGCAGGAGCUGAGGUGUUUUCAGGCCUGAGCUCCCUGCAGGAGCUGGACCUUUCGGGCACCAACCUGGUGCCCCUGCCUGAGGCGCUGCUCCUCCACCUCCCGGCACUGCAGAGCAUCAGCGUGGGCCAGGAUGUGCGGUGCCGGCGCCUGGUGCGGGAGGGCACCUACCCCCGGAGGCCUGGCUCCAGCCCCAAGGUGGCCCUGCACUGCGUAGACACCCGGGAAUCUGCUGCCAGGGGCCCCACCAUCUUGUGACAAAUGGUGUGGCCCAGGGCCACAUAACAGACUGCUGUCCUGGGCUGCCUCAGGUCCCGAGUAACUUAUGUUCAAUGUGCCAACACCAGUGGGGAGCCCGCAGGCCUAUGUGGCAGUGUCACUGCAGGAGUUGUGGGCCUAGGAGAGGCUUUGGACCUGGGAGCCACACCUAGGAGCAAAGUCUCACCCCUUUGUCUACGUUGCUUCCCCAAACCAUGAGCAGAGGGACUUCGAUGCCAAACCAGACUCGGGUCCCCUCCUGCUUCCCUUCCCCACUUAUCCCCCAAGUGCCUUCCCUCAUGCCUGGGCCGGCCUGACCCGCAAUGGGCAGAGGGUGGGUGGGACCCCCUGCUGCAGGGCAGAGUUCAGGUCCACUGGGCUGAGUGUCCCCUUGGGCCCAUGGCCCAGUCACUCAGGGGCGAGUUUCUUUUCUAACAUAGCCCUUUCUCUGCCAUGAGGCCCGCUUCAUCCUUUUCUAUUUCCCUAGAACCUUAAUGGUAGAAGGAAUUGCAAAGAAUCAAGUCCACCCUUCUCAUGUGACAGAUGGGGAAACUGAGGCCUUGAGAAGGAAAAAGGCUAAUCUGAGUUCCUGCGGGCAGUGGCAUGACUGGAGCACAGCCUCCUGCCUCCCAGCCCGGACCCAAUGCACUUUCUUGUCUCCUCUAAUAAGCCCCACCCUCCCCGCCUGGGCUCCCCUUGCUGCCCUUGCCUGUUCCCCAUUAGCACAGGAGUAGCAGCAGCAGGACAGGCAAGAGCCUCACAAGUGGGACUCUGGGCCUCUGACCAGCUGUGCGGCAUGGGCUAAGUCACUCUGCCCUUCGGAGCCUCUGGAAGCUUAGGGCACAUUGGUUCCAGCCUAGCCAGUUUCUCACCCUGGGUUGGGGUCCCCCAGCAUCCAGACUGGAAACCUACCCAUUUUCCCCUGAGCAUCCUCUAGAUGCUGCCCCAAGGAGUUGCUGCAGUUCUGGAGCCUCAUCUGGCUGGGAUCUCCAAGGGGCCUCCUGGAUUCAGUCCCCACUGGCCCUGAGCACGACAGCCCUUCUUACCCUCCCAGGAAUGCCGUGAAAGGAGACAAGGUCUGCCCGACCCAUGUCUGUGCUCUACCCCCAGGGUAGCAUCUCAGCUUCCGAACCCUGGGCUGUUUCCUUAGUCUUCAUUUUAUAAAAGUUGUUGCCUUUUUAACGGAGUGUCACUUUCAACCCGCCUCCCCUACCCCUGCUGGCCGGAGAUGGAGACAUGUCAUUUGUAAAAGCAGAAAAAGGUUGCAUUUGUUCACUUUUGUAAUAUUGUCCUGGGCCUGUGUUGGGGUGUUGGGGGAAGCUGGGCAUCAGUGGCCACAUGGGCAUCAGGGGCUGGCCCCACAGAGACCCCACAGGGCAGUGAGCUCUGUCUUCCCCCACCUGCCUAGCCCAUCAUCUAUCUAACUGGUCCUUGAUUUAAUAAACACUGUAAAAAGUUC